UUGGAUCUAACGGAAAAAAUCCGAGACUUGAUUCAGUUGGGAAUUAACGUUAACGUAAAGGACAGAUGUGGACAGAAUGCACUCCACCUUUUGUGUCGGAACUAUUCAAACCGAAAAUUAACCGUCGCAAUUCAACUCGUAAUCGAAAGCGGAAUCGACGUAAAUGCAACGGACAACGAUAGAAUGAAUGCCAUGCAUUAUUUGUGUCAAUACCAUUCAAGCCAAAAAUUAAUCGACGCAAUUCAACUGUUAAUCGGAAACGGAAUCAACGUGACUGCAACGGAUAGCGAUGGAAUGAAUGCCAUUCAUUAUUUGUGUCGAUACCAUUCGAGCCAAAACUUAAUGAACCCAAUUCAAAUCUUGAUUCAACCCGGAAUCGUCGCGAAGGCAAAAAGCAACAAUGGAUCAAAUGGGCUCCAUUAUUUAUGUCGAGGCAAUUCAAGCCCAAAUUUAACCGAACAGUUAAGUUUUUGGUAGCAUCAGGAUUUGAUGCGCAGGCAAAGGACAAAUAUGGAAUGAAUGUGUCCGAUUAUUUGUGUAAUAAAGAGAAGAAGGGAUUGAAAAUUUGGAUCGAGCGCGAUGCUAUAAUAGGAGAAGGUCGCUUUGGUACGAUAUUUCAUGGGAAUUACGAACGUCGUGAAGUGGCAGUAAAAAGAGUUGAAAAACGUCAUGUCAAGGAAAUAGAAGAAGAAGCUUUGCUAAAGUUUGAUCAUCCGAACAUCGUCAAACUUCUUCACUGUGAAAAGGACAACGACUUUAUGUACUACGCGUUGGAAUUAUGUGUCGCUUCCUUAAAUCAACUUUUCCUACCGAAGGAUGAUCUACAAAAAUACAAAGGACGUAUGCCACGGCAAAUCGAAAUUUUCCAUCAAUUAGCUUCAGGCCUGGCAUACAUCCAUUCAAUGAAAUUAAUUCACCGAGACAUGAACCCGAGAAACAUCUUCAUUAUGCGGAGGGCUGGAGAAGAUGAAGGUAUAAUAAUGAAAUGGUCUGGUUUUGACUUGGCCAAAUCCGUAAACUUAAAGGGUUAUUGGUUGGCACCUGAAGUGCUGAAAAAGCUCAGCAACAAAGAAAAAGCGCCAAACGAAGAGAUUUUGGGCAGCAACAAGAGCGAUGUGUUUUGCCUCGGCCUCGUCUUCGGUUAUAUUUUGUCGGAGGGAGAACAUCUAUUCGGUUCAUAUGCAAAUGAAAUUGACGCUAACAUAAUUAGAAAAAAACCGGUGAAUAUGAUGAAAAUUCGUGACGAAUUGCGCAAAUUUUAUGAGGAUGACUUACUAACGAAAAUAUUGGAACACGAACCGGAAAAAAGAAUGAGUUCGGCAGAACUCGUCGAACAACUGGAAUCCAUUAAGAAUAAACUGAAGGAAAAUGAAAAAGAAAAAGAAUUUCUUCUACUUUGUGCCCGUGACUCUUCGCCUGAUCUAGUUGGAAAAAUCAAAGACUUCAUUCGCCUAGGAAUCAAUGUGAAUGUAAAGGACUUUGAUGGAAGGAAUGCGCUCCAUUAUUGUUUUACACGGAAUUCAAACCCAAAUUUACAUGACGCCAUUCAACUCUUAGUCCAAUUGGGAAUUGAUGUGAAUGCAAAGGUCAAAGGUGAAUACAAUGCUCGAACCUUUUUACUCGCUAAUAAGUGGGUUACGAACAAGGACGAAAUCCUAAAACUACUCGACGAAGUAGUUCUCGUUUGAACCAUAAUUCGUUUCUAGGCGAUGCAAUGUCCUUUGAGGACGGAAAAUUUAAAUAUGGCGUCUGUUGCAUACUUUGAAUUCUUUUGCCGUUAACCCCUUGAAAACUAAA